AUGCAUCCAGCAACAUAUCUCAUUCUCGGCCUACUGAUAGGCUUUUACUUUCUUAAACGGCGCAAGUCCACCUCGUCUUUGCCUCUCCCACCCGGACCCAAGCCACUGCCGAUUAUUGGCAAUGUACACCAAGCUCCCAAGUCGCAUGGCUGGCAGACGUACCGCGAAUGGAGCGAGGAGUAUGGCCCGAUCGUGCAUGUCAAUAUGCUUGGUCAGCCUGUUAUUAUUUUGUCGACCUCUAAAGUGGCCCACGAACUUCUAGCCAUGCAUGGACCCAACUUUUCAGAUCGACCUCGUCUUUUCUUAGCUGAAUUAGCUAUGAAGGGUCUUAAUAUCCUCAUGAUGAACUAUACAGAACAGUUCAAGGAGCAUCAGAGGUUACAGGUCUCUGUAUUAAAUGCAACACCGGCAGCAGCGUAUCUCCCGUUCCAGGCUCUAGAAUCUCAACAAUUGCUACUCGAUCUCCUGGAGAAUGCGGGCGGCAGUGGUAUUGAUGUUCAAGGGAACUUUCAACGCUCCACUGCUAGUAUCAUCCAUACAUUACUAUAUGGAUUUCGUAUCAAAGACUUCAACGACCCCAUACUUCAGACCGUCGUUAAACUGAAUGAGGAGUUUUCGGACUUUAUUCAGGUUGGCGCACAUAUCGUGGAUCAGUUCCCAGUACUCAACAACCUCCCUAGCUUUUUAGCUCCAUGGAAAGCAAAGGCCGAAAAUCACUUCGCGACUAAACGCAGUCUGCGCGACAAGAACUUCCAGCGUGGCAUCGAGUCAAACUCAUGGAACAUUUCAAAGCAUCUCAAGAAGACUGUCGAAAAAGAUAAUCUCACAAUGCCCUUGGACGAGCUAGCAUUUGAACUGGGCGUUAUGAUCGACGCUGCACUAGACGGUACUUCAGAUAGCCUGAUCUGGUUUAUAGUGGCUUGUAUUACACAAGACAACGGCUUUAUUGCCAAAGCACGCGAAGAACUCGAUGUGCAUGUUGGGCGCGACCGACUUCCAGUUCCAGAUGACAAGCCCAACCUGCCGUACAUCACCGCUAUUGUCGAGGAACUAUUCCGCUGGCGACCGGCUGGACCCGAAGGUGUUCCUCAUAUGAACAGAGAAGAAGUCAGCUACAAUGGAUACACUAUUCCCAAGGGAUCAGUGGUUAUACCCAACAUUUGGACAAUCUCCCGAGAAGAAGCUGUAUUCGGCCCAAGCCCAGAUGAAUUUAUCCCAGAUCGCUGGAUGGGCAAAGAUGGGAAAACACUGCAACCUUUCCCUGCUGCAGCAUUUGGCUAUGGAAGACGGACAUGUCCAGGGCGCCAUUUUGCUCGCAAUGUGAUCUGGAUCGUCAUCGCCCGACUUGUGUGGGCAUUUGAUAUCAAGGCGGGCUUGUCUGAGACAGGCGAACCUACUGUAGUUGAUCCCAUUGCAUGCACAUAUGGCAUGGUUAUGAGGGCUUUGCCAUUCAAGGCUUCUUUCAACCCUCGUGGACCUUGGGUUCGUGAGAUUAUCACUCGAGAUGGUGACACAUACAGUAAGGAUAUUGGAGCUAUGCUUGACCAAAUUGGAGGGGAGUUUACUAAGAUGUAG